AUGUCUUCUAACUACCGCAACUUCCGAAACAGCGUGCCGUGGCUAAUCCUUUUUCUGGAAGCUGUUUUCAUCGUCCUCUUUAUGUUUGCAGAUUAUGGUGAACGCGUAUCAAGCAGAUCCUACCCGGCUUUUAAAGAUGUCAGCCAUAUGGUGAUUUUUGGGUUUGGCUUUUUCCUGACAUUUCUGAAAAGAUACAGGCUUAGCAGCACUGGAUUCAACCUCGUGAUCGUCGUACUUGGUGUCCAAUGCUCCGUGCUGGUAGAAGGUUUAUUAGUUUUCCUUCUUCAACGGCCAAAUGAAGAACGUCUGAUAAGAAUAACAAGGGCUGCUAUGACUGUGACUGCUGUAGUCAUCUCCACUGGAGCUGUUCUUGGGAAGGCUAAUCCUGUGCAAUUAAUUCUGAUGACAGUUGUGGAGAUAAUAGUUUUCCAUAUGAGCAAAUGGUCCAACAACACAUUCCUGGGGGUUCCAGAUGAUAUCAGCAUGAUGCACGUUCACCUGUUUGGAGCCUACUUUGGUCUGGCAGUCGCCUCACGCUUCUCUGAGCCAUCGCCAAGGUCUGAGAAGAAUGCGAGUAGCCCGAAGUCGGAUUUAUUCUCCAUGUUGGGUACUCUCUUUCUCUGGGUGUUCUGGCCAAGCUUCAAUUCUGUACUGGCUGCGGACAACAAGAGCAAAGUGAUCUACAACAGCUACUUUGCCCUUGCAGUGAGUGCUGUAACUGCCUUCGUGCUGUCUGUUCUGACCACAAAGGAUGGAAAAUUCAGAAUGACUCAUAUCCACAGUGCAGUACUAGCUGGUGGGGUCGCGGUUGGUUACGCAGCGCACCUUAUCAAGUAUCCUUGGAUUGCAAUGAUUUUGGGUCUGCUUGCCAGUGUGAUAGCCAUAUUAGGAUCUUACUGUUCACAGAGCUGCUUGAGUCCUGCUCUCAAGAUUCAUGAUUCCUCUGGAGUUCACUUCACUUUUGGCUUGCCGGCUGUGCUUGGAGCUCUUGCCCAGGUUGUUCUCUUCAUAAUAGAAGAGUGGACUAAUGUACCAAGUCUGGGUUACUCAGUCCUGCUUCACAUCGGUGCCUUCUGCCUGACUGUCAGUGUUGCCUUGAUAACAGGUUUGAUUACAGGUUUAAUCUUAAACCUCAAACUGUUUAAGACUGCCCCUAUAUCGAAGUACUUUGACGACCAGUUCUAUUGGGAGUUUCCCCAUCUGGCUGUUGGAUUUUGA